AUGGCCAGUCAGUCGCAGGGUAUUUAACAGCUGCUGCAGGCCGAGAAGCGGGCCGCCGAGAAGGUGUCCGAGGCCCGCAAGCGAAAGAACCGGAGGCUGAAGCAGGCCAAAGAAGAGGCUCAGGCUGAAAUUGAACAGUACCGCCUACAGAGGGAGAAGGAGUUCAAGGCCAAGGAGGCUGCGGCUCUGGGAUCGCACGGCAGUUGCAGCACUGAAGUGGAGAAGGACACCCAAGAGAAGAUGAGCAUCCUCCAGACCUACUUCCAGCAGAACAGGGAUGAAGUCCUGGAUAACCUCUUGGCCUUUGUCUGUGAUAUCCGGCCAGAAAUCCAUGAAAACUACCGCGUAAAUGGAUAGAGGAAGAAGAAAGAAGUGCCUGUUCCAUGGAUUGGCACCUCGAUGCCUCCAUGGAAUAUGAAGCUUUAGCAAAGCUUGAGUUAUAUUCUUGUGAAAGGCAUUAAAUUAUUUCUGU